CACGAUCCUCCAUUUGUGCCGUUCCCAACGGUCACAUGCCGCGACUCGCUGCCCACUCGCCGGAAAUGACUGAACCACGAUCGCCGAUUAACACCCCACCCGAAGAAGUACAAACAUCGCAAAGCCCUAACAACAUAGUUCCCGAGAUUCCAUUAGAAAUCAUCAGUGAAGAAGAAAUGGCGAUAAUAGAAGCUGCCUUUGCAGCCUCGCGAUCUCUGGUUAAGUCACCGUUCCGUGCUUCUUCAUCGCCGGCGCAUUUCCAGAACAACGUUAGGUCGAUACAGUCGAUUACUCUGUUAUCGAAACGGAGUUUAUCGAGUUGUUCUUCACAAAGUGAUUCGUUAGUGGUUGAUGUAGAAGAUUCUGGAAGGUUAAUGAGUAGUCAGAAGAGGAAUAGAGUUGUCGCUUCGUUGUUGAGUCGGUAUCGGAGGAAAAGAGGAUUGGCUGUUACUGAUAUUACUGCUACAGAAUGGUGUGAAAAAAAGAUGGAGUAUACUCUUCUUUGUGGCAAACGAGAAAAGACCAAAGCUAUGGAAGCUGGUAGCAGUCGUCAUGAAGAACUUGAAGAAGAGGUGAUCAAAAAGGUAAAAGUUCGUGUUGACUCAGCUGAAGAUGUAUGGGCAUUAAAGUUCUUAAAUUUCAUAGUUGGUGCCAAUCAAUUGUUAUUUGAUGGAUUGACACGUGAAUUGCCCUUAGUAGGUUUUGCUGAAGGUGUAUGGAUGGUGGGAGUUAUUGAUGAGAUACGAAUGCCGGAAGGACAAAGUGAUUCAUAUCCAAAGUUAGUUGACACAAAAACACGAGCGACAGCUAGCCUUCCUCGUGAACCGCAACGGAGGAACGGAAGGCUUCAGCUAAUGUGCUACAAGCAUUUGUGGGACAGCUUGGUGGCUGAUGACUUCCCCUCCCGGCAGUUCUUUGAGUUCUUCUCUCUGAAUCCUAAUCACAUUUUAUCUGCAGAAAUCAGAGAACGUACUGCCAAAUGUGGUUUCGCUGCUGAGACUCUCACUGAUAUGUUGAGGUACUCUCGUAAUACUUGGUGCAUGCUUCCACCAGCACAUGAGCAACUAUUGUUGAGGUAUGAAUUUCAAGGAGAUCAAUCAUUGCUUGGUGAAGAUCAGUUUGAGUAUGAUCUUGACUGGGUAAAGGGUCAAAUAAAGUGUUCGUUAGAGGUAUGGCAAGGAGAAAGAGAAGCCAGUUACACCCCUGAAGACGAACGAUGGAAAUGCUGGUCUUGCAAGUUUGCUUCUGAAUGUCCAGCCAGUAAUUCUUGCUCUCCAAGAAGAAAGGACACUGAAGGCUAACUGGUACGUUUGGCAAAUUGCAUUGGUAGUGUAAAAUUCAUUUAAACUGUUCGUGAAUAUAACUUAAAACUCUUUAAUAAAC